AUGGCGGACCCCCAACUUCUGGGCCCCUUUCCGCCCCCCGACCCAGAUCGAUUUCCAAACACUAGGCUGCGAAGCCAUCUUCUCAGGCCAGACUCGACGCCGCAAGAACCGCAACCAUCACAUUCUACGAAUGAUCCAGACACAUGUCGAAUAUGUCGCGGGGAGGGGACGCCUGAAGAACCGCUCUUCUACCCAUGCCGGUGCAGUGGCAGUAUCAAGCACGUCCAUCAGGAUUGCUUGAUGGAGUGGCUCUCCCAUUCACAAAAGAAACAUUGCGAGCUUUGCAAGACGCCCUUCCGCUUCACCAAGCUCUACGAUCCAAAUAUGCCCAGAUCGUUGCCAUGGCACGUCUUUGCCAGCCACAUGGCCAAAUAUUUCUUCGCCAACAUGCUGCUGUGGAUGAGAGCGUCGCUGGUUAUGCUGGUUUGGUUUGGAGCCUUGCCGUACGUUAUGAGGAAUGUAUGGAGCAUGUUGUUCUGGUUCAGCGAUGAUGGUAUGGCUGCUUUCCUCUUCCACAAAAGACGAGAUCAAGCCCAUCAGCUGGCCUCGGCCGCUGGGACGACACCUAACCCGGCCAUGAACCUGUUCAGAAACAACACCACGCUAGCUACUAACCUCAUAUUCCCUGGCACAGCAUGCAUCGCCAAAAGCACCUCUGGUGCCGCUCAGGCCUCCAACGAGCACUCGGCCACUUCUACCAUUUUACGUCUAUUGUUUGGAGCACCCGAUACAUCUGGCGCUGUUUCCACCGAGGCGGUUGCUAUCCCAACUAGGAACAACUCCCUUUUGAGCGGCGUCCAAUUUCUUCGCAACUUGACGCGGCAUCCUUGGCUAAACGACAAGGUCAUAGAGGUCCUAGAGGGCCUGAUUAUAACAAUUCUGGUUAUUGCUUGCUUCAUUCUCAUCAUCUUGGUCAGAGACUAUGUCGUUCAACAACAGCCCGAGAUCAAUAUGCGUGCUGCGUUUGCAGCUGCUGAAAAUGCGCCGCAUCCCGCACCACCACAGGAGCCCCUGGCACGACCAGAACCCCCACCUGUCGAGGAGGAACAUCAUGACAACCCUGCUCAGUGGGAGGAUCUACAGGGUCAGUGGGAUCCCGCCAUUGUCGAACCACCUCCGCACUUGGCGCUGGAGGCCAGGCGCCAGAUUGCGUUGGCUCGCUUGCAAGCUCAUGAAAGACGGCUUCAAAGACAGUGGGCAGAACCCGAAGCUCGAUAUCAAGCAAGGUAUGCGGGUGACGACCAUGCUCCUGCACACGAGGCUGCUGAGAAUAAUCCAAAUAGCUUGGCUACUGGCUCACGAAAUAGUUCGCCCUUUUUGCCAUCGCCCUCCUUCCUUCCAAGAGCGGAACUGGACGCCAUCGUCAAUGGUGGUGAAGCUGCUGACGUGAAAAGCCGGCACCUCCAUGACUUCCUUGCCAUCUAUCAGCGUGCCAAGGGAGAUCCCCAUCGCAUUCUCGAAAUUGCCAGAGAACAAGGGGCUGAGGAGCGACUGGAUUACUGGCUGGCCCUUACGAGGUCGCUGCUGGAUCGUCAAAACCGUACUGUGGCCGGUGCCGAUGACCACUCGGACGCCAGCAGCGCUGCUGAGAAUACUCCAGCAUCGAGCACGGAUGCUCGCUUCAAGAAUAUGGAUUCUCCACCGUUUGGAGGCCUUCGUCCAGCCACCCAGGCUAUGGAGUGGACGACCUUUUCGGCUGGCGAAGACAAUUUUGGACCCCGACAUGAUAAAAAAGGCAAGGGCGUACUAAGAGAGGAUUCCGACGGUGAAAGCGCCCACACCGAAGACAGUGAAAGACCUUUAGCAAGCCCGCUUCGACCAAGGGCCAACACAGAUGGUCCCAAAAUUAGCGAUACAAUCCACCCCUUGGCCAACAAUAGCUGGUCGUUCCAGACCUUGACAGAACAAGAGCCUGAUGGGAUGUUGAGUGACCAACACGGGACUGAGUCGACAUCUUCGGGGCACUCGACUUUCGGAUCACCCAAACAACCGGCGUCUCGACAAGAUGCUGCGUCUGCCUUCUUCAAGAGGCCCAGAUUCACCGAGGCUGCAUUCGAACUUGACCAGACCACCCAGUCUGUGCCGCAUCUGAGCAGCAGGGCUGAGGAAGAACUGCCAGCUGAUCAUUUGACUUCAGGACAGGAAUCAAGCGCCGAUUUUUGGGACAUGACCUCGGGUGCUGAAGCGGCCCAGUCAGAGACAACCCCUCCGCCAGCCUUACCAGAGAAUGGGGAGGAUGCCGAUGCGCAGGCCGAGCCCCAAACCCCGAAUCCGCCAGCCCCGCGCCCCCAGCCCGUAGGCAUUGUCGACAGACUUGCUGAUUUUAUGUGGCGGGAUGUGGAUGGAAUAGACCCGGCCGAGCUUGCUGCAGCUGACGCUCUGCAAUUCGACGUGGGGGAAGGUGAUCUCGCCAACGAUGAGGUAGAAGAGGACGACCCCGAAGUGCCACAGCGAGAUAGAGAGGUGGUUGAAGCCGCUGUGGCAGCUGGGCUGGAUCCAGACGCGAUCGAAGAUGCUGAGGACUUGGAAGGGAUCCUGGAGCUCCUCGGUAUGCGAGGUCCCGUCGCUGGCUUAUUUCAGAAUGCCAUAUUCUGCUCUUUUCUCGUCUCUAUUACCGUCUUCCUCGGUAUCGUAGUCCCCUACAAUAUCGGGCGUAUGACAGUUUGGAUGGUCGCGAAUCCUAUUCGACCGGCGCGGAUGCUCUUCGGCUUAUGCAUGCUCGUUCAGGACAUCGCCAUUGUAUUGUUCGGAUUAGCAGUUUUGUUCGGCGCGAAGGCUCUUCUCGUGCUCACGAAAGUCGCCCCCAGUUUGCUUGGCUCUGUGGUCGACCUUCUCACAACCACGUCGGCCAUGUCCUAUGGCACCAUGAUGAGUGCUUCCAACAGAGUGGGGAGCAGUUUCUUUGCCGAAAUCGUCCACAUUUCUGGCACUGAGAUACAAAACUUCUCUGCCAUCAGUCAUGAGGCAUUGCUUCAACUGAAGGGCCACAUUAGUCUGGGGUUCGCUGCACUUGUCACAGCGGUGGACUACCUCUUCUCCGGUGAUUACGCCGAAAAGAGCUCCGACAUCGUGUCAUUCAUGGAAGGGCUCGCUACGAUAACGAUGGGAUGCUUGAAGCAACUCCCCGGCAUCCUCACCAACCCCAACUCUUGGGUACUUAACCUCAGCGUGCCAGAUUCCACGUCAACGGCCUUUGAUGCAGAACUUGCUCAGUGGAGCGGCACCGACAGACUCUGGGCUAUCGUGGCUGGUUAUGUUGCCAUCUCCAUCAUUGCUGGUCUCUACUUGCGACGAGGAAGCCCCUUUUUUACGGGUCCAACAGGUCAGGAUUGGGAAGCAUCCAUUAUUGAUGGCCUCAACCAAGCUAGUGGCGUCAUGAAGGUGAUCCUGAUCAUUGGUAUCGAGAUGCUCGUCUUCCCGCUCUAUUGUGGGCUGCUGCUCGACCUCGCCUUGCUGCCCCUUUUCGCGGGCGCCACGAUUAGGUCAAGGGUCCUCUUCACCAUGAACUACCCAGUCACGUCCAUCUUCGUUCACUGGUUUGUCGGAACAGGGUACAUGUUUCACUUUGCCCUUUUCGUCUCCAUGUGUAGAAAGAUCAUGCGCAAGGGGGUUCUCUACUUUAUCCGCGACCCCGACGACCCGGAGUUCCAUCCGAUCCGCGAUGUUCUGGAGCGCAGUGUCGCGACUCAGCUGCGCAAAAUCCUGUUUUCUGCCUUGGUUUAUGGCGCACUCGUCAUGGUUUGCCUAGGCGGCGUCGUCUGGGGGCUUGCCCUUUCUGCUUCGAGCGUUCUACCGAUCCACUACUCGUCCAAUGAGCCUAUGCUGGAGUUUCCCGUCGAUCUGCUCUUUUACAACUUCCUCAUGCCACUAGCAGUUCGUCACUUCAAGCCCAGUGAUGGUCUACAUGCCAUGUACACGUGGUGGUUUCGGAAAUGUGCCCGAGGCUUGAGGGUGACUUGGUUCUUAUUUGGGGAGCGUCGCAUCGAUGAGGAAGGCAAACUUGUACUGAAGAGCGACUCACCCGAUGCGGCCCUGCCGUGGUGGCGGACAUUGUUCCUUGAGGUGAAUAACGACCAGGUGCGGGCAAAGCAGUGGACCAACCCUUUCGAGCCCAGCCCGGAGAAACCGACCGUCAUGCGAACGGAAGACGCUCUCUUGUGGAACACAAACAAGAAGGCCCUCGUCGAGUCAGGCCAACUCAUCCCUGACGGACGCUAUGUUCGGGCGCCAUGCUCUGAUCAGGUCAAAAUUCCCAAGGGCAAGAGGGUGUUUCUCGACGUAUCCGAAGAUAACAAGCGACAGGACGAGGCUGCACCAACUGACCUGUACAACUCUGAAGAGUUUCAAUUCGUCUAUGUGCCGCCCCAUUUUAGGCUCCGGGUCUUCCUCUUCAUCACUUUCAUCUGGGCCUUCGCCGCCAUCACGGGUAUUGGUUUCACCAUCGUACCGCUCGUCUUUGGCCGUUGGAUGUUUAGAUCUCUUCUUCCCAGUCACAUUCAUACCAACGACAUCUAUGCUUUCAGCAUCGGCAUCUACAUUUUGGGCUCUGCUGCUUAUGCCGCAUUUCAUGCGCUGUCCAUCUACCGUGCCGCACACGAUUGGGUCGACAGCUUUACAAGGACCGUCGUCAAUGGGGAGGCUGUCCGGCCAAUGGUUGAUGCAGGCAUCCGGGUUGCCAAGAUUAUUUACGCCCACGUCUUUUACCAUAUCGUCUUUCCCCUCAUGCUUGCCUCAUUGGUGGAGUUGUAUCUUUUGACGCCGGUGAAUGAGAUCCUAUAUGGUGCCCUACCUAAGAAGCGAGCUGAUGCUUCUGAGCUUGCGCCCAUCAUGACGCCAGGUGCUGAACUCAAUCCGAAGCAUACUGUUCGUUUGGUCCAGGCCUGGACCAUUGGCCUGCUCUAUCUCAACCUCAUCAACCGGAUCAUCAACCGCUGGUUUUCGGGUACCCGCCUUGCUGCAGCCGUGAUGGCUAUCUUCCGGCGUGGCUGGCUGCAUCCAGAUGUCUCCAUCCUGACUCGGGCUUUCAUCGUUCCUGGACUCAUCCUCUGGAGCAGUGCCGUCAUCGCGCCGCUCCUCCUUGCCAGACUUGGCGUGGCCAACGGGCUACAUGAGGCCAUGCUUCACUCAUCGUAUGGCACACCUCUUGUCGGCCAUGCCGAGUUAAGCCAUGCAUACAAGGUCCUCAUCUACCGUCUGAGUUACCCCGUCAUGGCUGUGUUGGCUGUCUGUGCAGUUGUGCUCUGGAGUAUGUUUGGUGUGUUCAAGAGGUGGAACAUGCGUAUAAGAGACGAGGCAUAUCUAAUCGGGGAAAGGUUGCAUAACUUUGGGGCGUCGGUGGGAAAUAGCACCCCAAAGGGGAAGGCCACAGCUUGGAGAGGCGCUCCGGGAAGGAUAUAG